AUGUUGAGCUUGCGGAGCUCGUUGACGUCGGGAGGGUUGGCAUCGGCGAACAGGUUGGAGUUGGUGGACGCGGAUGACGUGACGGACGACAUGACAGCGAGGGUCGGCUCGGGCGGGCGACUGCUGGCUCGGUUGGCUGCUGACGCAAAGCUGACGAUCGGAUUAAUUACCACGCGGGAGCCCCCUCGCCGCAAUUCUUUCUCCUCCGUCCGGGAAUUUUUCUGUCACCAGAUGAAGACAUGUAAGACGGUGUCCACGUGCACCCCGAUGGAGGAGGCUCAAGGCACACAUGUGUUUGAUAUCUUGGGUUACAGCAAGCACAGGGGCAUGGGCCACGACAGCGACAGCUAUAUUCGGUCCGGGUUUUUCACCGUCGGCGGCCACAACUGGGCCAUCUCCUUUUUCCCUGAUGGUUUCAAUGGAUAUGGCCAAGAUUACAUCUCGGUUUAUCUCGUGCUUGUGAGCCACAGAACUAAAGUUCGGGCAUCCUGCGACAUGAGGCUGGUGGACCAGUACACCGGAUGCUCGUUUUCAGUGCAUAACAUAGGACCUAGGAUUUUCAAUCCCGCUGAUACUACUAGGGUUGCUCCACAGACUCCCUGUUUCAUAAGGCGGGACGAGAUCGAGGGAUCUGCAUACCUUAGGGAUGACCGCCUCACGAUUGAAUGCGUUGUCACUGUCUUCAAGAAGCCACAUGUUACCGAAACCAAAUCGCUCCCCGUAAUCGACAUGCCACCAGCUGACAUGACUGAGCAUGUUGCCAAGCUGCUCGAAGAAAAGAAGGGAUUUGAUGUCAGUUUCAUUGUUGGAGGAGAGACCAUUGAAGCGCAUAGGUUUGUUCUCGCUAUGCGGUCUCCUGUUUUUAAAGCAGAGCUCUAUGGGUCAAUGCGGGAGGCAACGACGGGGCAGUGCAUAACCAUCAAGGACAUGCAACCUGUUGUUUUCAAGGCCCUGCUCCAUUUUAUCUAUACUGACUCCUUGCCUAGCGACGAGGAUACUGAGAUGGUCCGGCUUUUACUAGUGGCUGCUGACAGAUAUGCAAUGGAUAGACUCAAGUUGGUUUGCCAAAGCAUCCUUUGCGAGGAUCUGAACAAGGACACCGUGGCAACCACAUUGGCUUUAGCUGAACAACAUAACUGCCUCCAGCUUAAGGAUGCUUGCCUUCAGUUUAUCGAAUUAUCUGGUUUCAAGGAUCUCAAGGCGACUUGCCCAUCUUUCAUAGAGGACGUAUUGAAGAAGAGAAGAAAAGUUUCAUGAAGCAUGAGCAGCUAUAUUGGUAGAUUUGCUAAAUUUCUCAUACCAAUUUGUCGUAGGGAUAAUCAGCUCAAUGUUAGAUGGAUCCAAGAGUGGUUAGGUUAAUUCUCAAGUGAUAUGAAUGGCGUGAAAGUCGCACUAAUCAACCUGUCCAAAUCUGAACUUCUUAUUUAUCAGGUUGCUGAUUUUACCUGGAGCGUGAUUCUACGCUACCUGUAAGACUUGCUCUUAAUCUUCUUU